AAGUCUUUGAUGGGUUCGUUGCUCGAAGCUGCCUUAUAAACCGAUGCAUUCCAAUUCAUCUCUGAAUCAUCUCCAUCGCCCAUCGGCAGAAGCUUGGGAAAUUUUGAUGAAGCCAAGCACGUAAAACAACGUUAAAAAAAUGAAGAAUGAUAAAGGGAUGGGUUUCUCCUGGACGUUGACGUGGGCUGCUCUACUGCUGCAAAGUUCAGCUGCUGAUUCACAAAACACUACAGAAAGCAGACAGAUCGAAGUGCAGAUAACGCGUACCAUUUUGAUGUCGGCCCAGGCUCAGGACAUUGUGGACAAGCUUCAAGACAGCAAAGGUGCCAGCUUCCAGACACCAGAGAGACCAGUAAUCACUGCCAUACCCAGGGUUAAUGUGGCUGACCAAUUAAGCAACGUGACCACCGCAGUGACAGGCAAUAACCUUACCCCUGAAGCUCCAAGUCUCACUCAAAUGCCUAAUUGGUCGGGCUUUAGCAAGGCCACAAUAUCAACCUUCUUGUUCCAUAAUAUAAGUGGCACCUUGCCAUCGUUGCCAACGAAAGGUACUGCCAGCCAAGUCUCAAUUAAAUCAGAAACCAAUCUGAUUCGAAAGCUAGCUGUCAACAAUAGUUCAGUGCCAACCAGGCAGCUAACUGGGAACCUCACCGUUAUCUUGGCCCUUAACUCUUCUCAAUACAUGGCAGCUGAUAUCGGAACACUGCAGGGGAGGAAGUCAACAUCUCAGGCAGUGUGGGAGAAAGCAGGUGCCUCUUUUAAACCCAGGCUGGCGAGGAACCAGACCAUCCCCGCACAUCAGAGCCUGGUGAGAGGGAGGAAUGUUACAGGCGACAGGGACAAACCUCCUAAACUACAGAAAGUCACUAAAGCAAUGAAGCAGUCCAGGAAACCUCAAAAGCAGCGGCCAUCCAAACUGGGCACCAGAAAGCUCAGCGCUCGUAUGAAACCAGAUCGGCCAACAAAACACCAGAAGGUUAAGAAGAGGAAAAACACCAAGACUGGGAAGAAGAAAGUGAAGCAAACAUCCUUCCCCUAUUUUGAAGACUAUUACUGUCCCCCUCAGUGUUCUUGCUAUGGAAGGGUUGUCCAGUGCUCAGAUAAAGGUCUGAAUAAAAUUCCAUUUGGAAUUCCCUUCAACACCAGGAACCUAUUUCUAAUGAACAACAAGAUCGACCUAAUUCCAUUGGAUUUAUUGGAUGAGUACAUGUUGCUGGAAUUUCUGGUCCUGAGCAAUAAUAAGCUGACAGAUGUUGGAGUGGAUGGUGCUUUAGAAGGCAUGCAGAAGUUGACUCGCUUAUACAUGGAUCAGAACAAUCUCUCCAGUGUCCCUAAAGAUCUACCCACGUCCCUAGAAGAGUUGAUGCUGAACUCAAAUAAUAUCAGCACGAUGCCAUCGAAUGUCUGGGCAAACUGCAAGAACCUCCGAAUCAUUAGCCUCAAUGACAAUAGGAUAAGGGAUGAGUCUAUUCCCCCAGACACCUUCAAGCCACUGCACAAUGUGCAUACCAUCAAAAUGAAUCACAACCAGUUGACCGCGGUUCCCAUCAAUUUAAGUACAAGCCUACGAGAGUUGUACUUGGAGGGAAAUCAGAUUCGGAAAAUACCAGAUAACGUGUUUACCAAUUGCUCCGCACUGAUCUAUCUCGGUCUCCACGACAACCGGCUCAACAAUAAAGGCAUCACAGAAAAGGCCUUUCAAAACAUGACCAAGCUUGAAUAUUUGGAUCUCAGCAAAAAUGCUCUCGCUGCCGUCCCCAAGCUACUCCCCCGUUCCUUGAAAAAGCUGAUUCUCCAAGCCAAUGGUAUCACCACUGUCAGGAGGGAUGCCUUUCCAAACAUGGUGAACCUGGAGGAAAUUUACUUAGCGCACAACCGAAUUUCACUGGUGGCAGAUGGCACUUUUAGGGGCUUGCCUAGGCUCCGGUGUUUGGACUUGAGUCACAACCGGUUACCCCAGGUACCUCGCCAGUUGCCUUUAACAUUGCAAAACCUCUACCUUCACAGCAAUAGGAUCGUUGCUAUUCCUGGAGAUUCCAUCUGCGGUUAUCAUUGGGAAAAGAGUCACCUCAUGUUGAUGCGCCUUGAGAAGAACAAUUUGGACCUGAGGCAACUGGAUGCCCGGGCACUGAGAUGUCUUCAGGGCUAUCAGGUGAUUCACUUUGAGUGAGCUUCAGAGAGGAAACUAGGCCCCUCUCCAAUUCAGAAUACAGAUGUUACACUAGCCUGAAGCUCAAAGCUGGCUUCUGAGUUUAUUGGGUAUUGUUUGUUUUUACACUCAGGAUAACAGGAGAUCAAGUUUGAUCCAUUUUGUGUGAGCUCUACUCCAUUUCCUGCGAGAUCUCAUGAUGGACUCCACUGCUUUGGAUGCAAUGAAUUAUACUGUAAAACAAAAUUGAGACUUGGCCAUGUAACUUUGUACUUUUAUACCUUUGAUGUGCUUCCCUUUUUAGUUUAUGGAUGUAGAUUGAUAUGUAUGAAUAAAAAGACUCCUUUCCAUG